AUUGCUUGGCAUUAUUCAGAUUAUUCUCACACGCUACAUUUCGUUUCAUUGUUAUCGCCUGAGUGUUCAAUAUCACAUCCAUGUCCAAUAUCACGAUAACACUCAACUUUAUGCAGAUAUUUUGUUGGAGGAGUUUAACUAAGUUGUUAUCAUGUUUAUAUAGCCUGCUUCAUCCGCAAUUUUCAUUUAUCAAGGACAUUGAAGGUAUUUCACACGAAUUGCAUCCAGUACUUAUAAGGGGGAAUGGCUCUGCAGCCGUUUCGAGACGAACAGCUGAACUAUUUCAGGUUUACCUACCUUGCGAUUAAUGAAUUUCCCAAGGCCUUACGUCAGACAUUCAGAUCCAUGUGGGACAACAAAUUUGGACAUCUCCCUGGUUAGCAACGCUGGGAUGACUUCAUUGCGGCGAGAAAUUUGUUUCUGGUUACAGAGGGUGGUAAAACCAGAGUUCCAAUACACCUCCCAUUUGAUGAAUGGGAUUGCAGCACUCUGUUUCAGGCAACUAUCUAUGCCCGAACCUUCGCUUUACCAGACGGCAAAGGGCACCUCAGGAACCUAAGCCAUUUGUAUGUGAAGUCCCGCAAAUUACCGCGUGGCAAUUUCCACGCAUCAACAAAAAGUCCAGGUGGAAACGAUGCCGAAACUUUUUCACUUUCAAUUGAUCAACUUCGUUUGUUAAGGAAUUCAAUUUGUCGCAAACCAAGUGCCGAGAUUGAUAUAAUGACAUUUGACCAGUGGGUACAACAUGCUAAAGAUGCAUUUAAAGCUCUUGGAGUCAAGACAGACACCGUUGAUACCAUUGGGGACAUGACUGAAGCUGACUUUCCUACCGAAAAAGUUCGUGCAUUAGAGGAAGAUAUCAGAAAGGCGUCACAGGCAGAAAACCGGUUUUUAAGGGAGGAAGUAGAAGAAAGACUAGCAGAUAUCGCUCAAUCAAUCCAGGAACUACAGGAUGGUCUUAAAAGAACAGAAACUCAAAGGAAGGAAGAGUUCCAGAGCCUGAAUGACAAGUUGAAAGAGAAAAGUGAAGAAAAACCCAAAGUAGAUCAAGACGCUACCGGGAGAACAACAUUAGGUGCUGAAGGAAUAACAACAUCAUCCCUCCCUCCUAACGUUCCACACUUUGUUGGCCGCCAGAAGGAAUGCGAUGAGAUCAUUGACCACGUAACUUCCGGAUGCACCCGAAUCGUUUCCAUCUGGGGCUCACCCGGAUUCGGGAAAACCUCAGCUGCAAUCUCUGUUGGAAAUCGACUUCUAACUCAAAAAGGAUGGCCCAUCUAUUUUGUCUCAUUACGAGGGCUGCAGUCAAAAGUCGAUCUCACAUCAAAGCUUCUUAGCUUUCUAAAACAUUCUGUCACAAAUAAUCAACCAUCUCAGCGUCUGUCGCUCGAUGAUGAGCUUUGUAGUCGUUUUGCAGAAAUUUCAGGUCCUUCGCUCCUAAUUCUUGACAAUGCCGAUGAGUUAUUGGAAAGAGUGGGUGCACCAGAAAUAAAGGAGCAAGUCAUCCAUCUUCUUGAAGAAAUCUUCAGACGAAACAAAAGUGUGAAAUUCCUGGUCACAACAAGGGAAUCCUUCGAAUACAUGAAUGUGCGCUUAGAAGGCCACCAAUCAGUGAGAAUCGGUCCGCUGGAGAUCAAUUCUUCCCAAGAACUAGUCCGCGAGUUGCUUCCUAACGCAAGUACCCACGAUUGCCUAAGAAUAGCACAACUAUGCGGGCAUGUUCCAUUAGCCUUAAAGUUAUCGUGUUCCUUAAUAUCUGGGGAUGAUGCGCUUUCUGUCAGUCAAUGUUUAAGGGACUUCAUAACAGCUAAAGGCAAUAUAAUUGAGCUGCUGGAUAACCAAGAUUAUCCAAACAGCCUGAGAUUGAAAUCCCUCUUUGAAUCUUCUUUUCAAAGACUCUCUGAACAAGAAAAAGAGUUCCUGGUCUCCCUGUGUAUUUUUCCUGAGAAUUUCGAUCUGAAAGCUGUUGUCGACGUUCUGGAUAAAAAAUGGAUUGAGGCCAAGGGGUUGUUGCAAAGUCUUCGGAGAAAAUCUCUUCUUGAUUCAAGUUCCAGGCCUGAGUCAUUCUCAAUGCACACACUUAUUCAAUCAUUUACGAGAGAAAAGGGAGAACGUGAAAUGGAGCAAACGUUCCUCAGUUCCAAAGCUCGCUUCUACGACUAUUAUAUCUCGCUAUUCGAGAAGCUUAAUUGCAGAUUUCUUGCAGGACAUUCAAUGUCGGCGUAUGAAGAAUUUUAUGAAGAAAAGCAAAACAUCAUUCGGAGUUUAACUGAAAGCUGCUCCAAUUCUAGUACAGCAGAUCGUGUUUUCCAAGUCUCGGUAAAAGCAGAGCUGUUUCUGGACUCUUUGUUUUGGCUAUUGAGGGAGGCAGCUAAUUUCAACAAGAUUUAUGAUUCAGCUUUGAAGGCAGCUCGUGACCUUGGGAACGACGUGCUAUACAGACGAUUACUUGUUUCCAGGGCGUUUAGUGAGAUCACUUGGGGAAGAACAGGAAAGACAAUGGAGCUUCUCUCUGAAGCCGCGGAAAUUCAAGCGAACUCUUCCUCUGUCACUGCUGAUGAGAAAGGUAAACGCCUGUGUUACCUUGGCUUUUAUCAGCUCGUUAUUGGACAGACACAGAAUGGAGUCCAGUGCUUGCAGGAAGCUCUUUCUUCAAUGGACAACACCACAGAAGGGGCAAUCCUUAGAAUUCUUGUUUUCCAGGUCCUCGCUGUUUAUUAUCAAUUCAAUACAUACUCUAUCAGUCCAGCUAAUUCCUACAGCAAGGCUCUUCAGGAAUGCAGGACUCUUCGAGAAGCCCAUGCGCACCUACUAGUUCUUCCAGCGAUGCAAAGUAUGCGGAGAAUGACAACAGAUGAAAGAAAGACGUCGCCACAUACUGUUGCCUUGCUUAAUCAGCCCCUAGAACUGCAAGUUAUUUUUCUCGUCGGGGAAGUGACAAAGCAUUUUGCUCAUGUGGACAUCAACAAAUCAUUAGGAAACGUUGUCCUCAAAAUGCUAAAUGACAUUGAAUCAGUACUCGACAAUCGCGCAUCACUUGGUUUGUUCAGUCUCCAUCGCAUCGUUGUUAUCAUGCUCGGGAUUUUUUGCAAAUCUGAAGACGCGCGGAUAGUGAUUGCCAGAGAGCGGAUCCGUUACCACGUAGCAGCACUUGAGCAGUGCAAACAGAAAAGCAGCGAAAAGAAUGACAAGCAAAAGCCUGCCAUAAGUUGUGAGAUGCACAAAGAUGCACUAGCGAAGAGUUACCUGGACAUUGGUUUCGCCCACCGAGAUAAGGAAGAUUUUGACUCAGCUCUUCAGUAUGAACAACGCGCCCUUGAAAUCAGAAUAGAACAGUACGGAGAGGAUCACUCAAGCACAGCUGAUUGCCAUCUUUCAAUUGGUGCAACACAAUAUGCCAAAGGAGACUUUCCCUCAUCUCUCCACUCAACCCAACGUGCACUCGACAUCGCACGGAAGCUGUUUGGAGACGAACACCCUCGCACAGGCUACAGUACAGCGUUUUUAGGGGCUGUACAACAUAAGUUACACGAGUUCAGUUUGGCACUCCAGUCUAAACAGCGUGCACUGGACAUUAGAUUGGAACUAUUUGGAGAAGAGCAUUCAAGCACAGCUGACAGCUAUUAUUCCCUUGGGGUUACACAACAUGAAGUUGGAGACAUAGAUGCAGCUUUUAAGUCCCAACAGCGUGGACUCGACAUUAAACUCAAACUGUUUCGAGAAGAGCAGUUCAACUCACUCGACGGCUACUAUUCACUCGGAAUUAAAAAGAAUGAACUGGGGGAUUUUUCUUCUGAUCGUACGGAGUGGUUGGACAUUCUGGAUUAUAAGUGACUUACAAGGGUUUGCACUGAUUAAUUAGUCCAGCCCCUGAACUCCCCCCUUCCCUCUCUAUAUAGGGAUUAAAACCAGGCAGACGAGAGAGAGGGUAGGAUAACUUACACGCGCAUGCUCAAAGCCAGGCAAUCAGAGUGUGGUGUUGACACACGCGCUGAGGUUCAAAUUGCGCGCUUCAGGCCAACUGCGAGAUUCACUCCCUUGACAAAGCAAUCCUUCGACCCAGAAUGAAUAACGCUUGUUUAACUUGAAAGAUAGGAUCUAGGAACCGUGGGAAAUCAGCCAGAACUGUGAAAGGGUUAAUCCCUUUUAGAAGAAAACGUAAAAAUGAAAACGAUAAAACCUUGCUGCGGCCGGGAAACGAACCCAGUUCCCGGCCCGCAAGACGAAGGAGAACGGAAUUCUACCUGCACUAGUAAAAAUAGGUACAAAUGGUGGGAUCCUGCCCUAGCACAUAUAAUCAACUAACAAAUGCCAGAUAAACAACUUCACUUGCCAUUUUGGAUUACGUAAAGAACGAGUUCUAGAAUCAGCGUUUUCUGUGUUAAGGAAAAAAGAGCCACUUUAUCUUGCCAAAUCAGAGUGUAGCUGGCUCGGUUCUUACGGAAAAUGGUACCGGGUUCGAACCGGUGACCUCUUUGAUCUGCAGUCGAAUGUUCUGCCAUUAUACGCAAACUCAAGUCUUCAAACGUGGUGUUCACUAAAUCUAGUUUUUGAUGGCAUACACUACGUUAGUAUUACCGAUUUAGUACACUUACUGAAGGUGCUUUGUAUAUUUAGGAGUAGUUUAAACUCUACGCUUUCUAGAAAUGAAAUAUAAUCUUGUCGAUUUAAAUUACUCAGCCUUCGAUAUUACAAGUACAUUUUUGAUAGUUAUGGAGAGCGACUAGCAAUGAUAAUAUCGACCAUCACAUCGAUGUACAAAAUCACCAAUAGACCAAUUCGAUAUCAAGUAAAAUUCUUGCUUGACUUCGAGACCUAGGGGAAUAAAACAAACGAAAUUACAUCGACGUUGAGGGAAGCGUGGCUGAGGAAUUAACGUCUUUUGUUUUAUUUCUCUAGACUUCGGAGCCAAGAAAGAAUUUUAAUACAUUGAAGUUGGCCCAUUUGAUUUAAUUUGUUGUAUAUUUUGAUUUACUUCUUCAACUUCAAAACUGGUACAGUAAGUUUGUGAGUCGCCUGUAGACCGAUAAUCAUCGUGCGAACGACUUAGAGUAGUUUUCACUCGAGUGUCGAAUGUAACUCAAGUUUCCAUUGAUUUUGCAUUACUACGCCGCUUAAUGAUUGGUUAAAAAAAGUCACACCACUUUCUCAAUCAUUGAGAAGUUAAAACAUAACCAAUUGUGCCUCGCUGCAAACGUUUUCCCGUGCUUGACGUCAGCUACAUGUAUUAAUUUGCUUCCAGUUUUGAUUGGUUCAUUGGAUUGCCUGUGUCGUUUGUGAUUGGCGAGAGUGAUUCACG